ACAGCAUUCAGACAGGCUGGCAGUGGGCUGCUUCUCCCCGGGAAAGCUCUCCCCUGCUGCACCACUACAGGCUGCUACGACUGAAGAUAAAAGCUUCUUGAUUUUUACCUCUGUAGUGAGUAUCAAACAUGGACGGUUUCCAAACAAUCCUGAAAUUCUUUAUGAACCGGAAAACUGCUAUAGGUUACAGUUUUAUGGCACUGCUGACAAUGGGAGGUGAACGUGUGUUUUCUCUUGUUGCUUUCAGAUGUCCCUGCAGCAAUGAAAACUUCAGAUAUGGUUUGGUAUUUCUCUUCUCCCCAGCUUUUGUUUUGCUAGUUGUUGGAUAUUUCUUGAACAGCAAGACCUGGAAACUCUUUACGGGCUGCUGGGCGAAUCCCAGAAAAAUAUUCCCCAGAGGGAAUACCUGCCAUUUCUUUUACGUCUUUGGACAAAUCACUCUAAACGCUCUGGUAGCCCCAGUGAUGUGGCUUUCUGUGGCUUUGCUCAACGGGACUUUUUACGAAUGUGCCAUGAGUGGCUUGAAAAAUCCUGCCUACGUACAAGCAGUUUGCCACAGCAAAUCUGAGAAGUGCUUUGAAGAGCUACACAAGGUAGCUUGUGACAAAAGCUCCAUGCCCUUUCCAGAGAGCGAUGAAUUGAAACGAACCCUUCAAGCACAGUCUCAG